AGGUCACCGGCGGAAGAUACGCGAAGAUCUGCGAUGGGCCAGCAGCUGUCGCAAUAACCUGGGGCUCUGAGAUAAUACCAUCGACAUAAUGUCCUUCACAAAUGCGCCAGUGACGCGCAGCCUCGUCUACGGGCUGGUUGGAGUGUCGAUAGCUGCCAGCCUACUCGAUAUCAAGCAUUACUUCUAUAUCCUGGUCGACCUCCAUCUGUGGCGAUUCCACCAGAUAUGGAGGCCCCUUAUAUACCAGCUUUGCUACACCAAUUCGUCCGAGGUGCUGUUCGCUGCCAUGACGCUAUACAACCUACGAGUGGUCGAGAGAAUGUGGGGUUCGAGGAAAUAUGCCACCUUCGUCUUCAUCGCCUUGCUAUUUACAAGCGUUCUCCCCCCCGCAAUAUUGGCCCUCGUUUUAAGGCCCUUAACGCUGGGCCUCUUCAACUUCCUGCCUGCCGGACCGACGCCCAUAAUCUUCGCUGUCCUAGCCCAAUACCACGCCAUGGUACCUCCCAUAUAUCGAUACAAGAUAGCGACGUCCACAUCCACGCCGACGGACGACCCGACCUCGGGCAUCACCUUCUCCGACAAAUCGUAUCGGUACCUUCUCGCCCUCCAGCUAGCGCUCUUCCAGUGGCCCGGAUCGGUAUUUGGCGCGUUGAUCGGCUGGGUGGUGGGCUACUCGUGGAGAAUGGAGGUUCUUCCACGCUCGUUGAUACGAUGGCGACUGCCCGGAUGGGUGGUGGGAAUGCGGACGCAGAGGCGGAGCCAAGAAUUCGAAGGGUUGCGGAGGAGGCUAGAGGGAGAGGGUGCGUCAACGGGCGCAGCGACGGGAGUACAGGGUCAGGCCGACUCGGAAGGGGGAAGACGCAGAGCAACGGGUCAACAGGUUUUGGAUCAGUUCCACCGAGCAUUUUAGGACUAGGAAGCGGACGGGCUAGAAAGCGUCAUUUUUCCCCCUUCUUUUGUCGGGUUUGUUGCACUACUAACUAGAUUUCCCUCUUGCAUUCUACCCCUCCCCCUUACCCGCGACCUUGCUACUGCGACGCAGGCUUGCGGCGAAUCGGUUGUCGGGAUAUUAGCCCCGGCUGUUCGGUAGGUGUCGUGAGUAAGUUGGUCGUGGCUAUGUGCUGGCCAUG